AUGGAGGGCUCCACACGAACGCGGGAAUCCCUGCGGAACGCGGCGGUGUAUCAUGGCGUGAAGGUCAAUGAGUUUCAGGCAGAAAGCUCAAGCUUCAAGAAGAACGAGACAAUUACAGACACGAUGAAGAUGCUGUCCGUGUAUUCCACGCAACGAAGUGUCUUCGUAAUAAGAAGCGCACUGGAGGGCGUGUGCAGUUGGCUACGAACUGCCAUGAGUGCGCAUGCAAGGAGGAUGGGUGUGCCAACCCCUUCCUUCGUGAACGCGGGAGAUGGCUUGUUCACCCAUCCCAUCGGCGAGUUUGUGGAUAUCCUUUCCCUCUUGGAGCACAACCAGUGGGACCGUUCUGCGGUACACCUCGCCUUGGUGGGUGAUUUGGCACAUGGCCGCACGGCCCAUUCCAAGGUGCAGGGACUGCAGAUCUUCAAAAAGGUGAGGGUCGAUCUGGUGGCCCCAGAGAUCUUUGGAUAUCCGGUUGAGUACCGAGACAGGAUGCGCGCCAAUGGCUUUGAAGUGAGGGAGUUCGCCUCUGUCGAGGAGUACCUUGAAAAUGCUAGCAAUGUGGCAGAUGUCUGGUACUUUUACAAGCCGCAGUUCUCCAAAUGCGGGGAUCUGACGACUUUGAGGCUCAACGAACUGAGAGCCCAGGUGUCCUUUCGCGAAGAAUGGGUCCAUCAAUUGCCAGAAGGAGUGCGUUUCUUCCAAACGCUUCCGCGAGACAAGGAGUAUCCAAUCAUUCCUUUGACCUUGGAUUCGCGCGCGAUCAAUGGAUGGGACACUGUCGCGGCCAACGCCUACUUUUUGGAUGUGGUUCUCCUCUCGAUGCUCUUUGGAAAGAUUGGCCGAAACUUGGCACCACCAGCGGAUGAAGCUGGGUUCAACUCGGUGCAGGAGUCCCCGCCCAAGUUGGCCUUUUCCUCCGAGUUGCCAUCGUUUAUGAAGGAAGUGACCCUGGUGGAAGAUGCACACCACCGAGACUUGGAGCGCGCACGUGCGGGUGGUCCUGUGCCAAUCAAAGAUGGCUGCGUGCUGGACCAUUUAGGCUUGGGCCCCACGUCCUCCAAAUGUUGGGAGGCCCUUCGAAAGGUUCGGACCAUCUUAGGAUGGUCCAAACAGGUGGGAAGCGAAGGCGUCUACACUUCAAAAGGGAACCCAGGAUUCUACAAAGGUAUUUUAACCUUGCCUGGCUUUGACUACAAACGUCUCCGAGUGGAGGAAAUGAAGAUGAUGGCGUCAGUGGCGCCGGGUUGCACCUUCAACUGCGUGAAGGAAUCAAAGGUUGUCCGCAAGUACCGUUUAGAGGUGCCAGAGCGAAUCUACAACCUGCCCAACAUCAGCUGUAAGAACGCCCUUUGUGUGUCCAAUCCCGAGAAUCGGCAGCGCGAAAUCGUGGCGUACUUGGAACGGGUGCCUUACUAUGUCUCCAGUGUUCUGCCCAACUGCACGGAGAGCAAGUACCUCUAUGUGUGUAAGUGGUGCCGAUGGCCGCACGUCUACGAGAACAUUUGGGAUGACCUGCGACGUCAAGCUGUGGCGUGA